AUGGCUCUGCUGCGGUCUGCACUGAAAGCUUCUUGGGCGACCGAGUCGAACAGAAAACUGGAAGAAACGCUGAUGAAAGCAUACAAUCGCAAGCAUCGUCCAGUGAAAAAAGAUUCAACAACGAUGCAAAUACAAAUCUACCUGCUGAUUGGGCACAUUGAAAAAGUGGAUGAGCAUGAGCAAACGAUGCUGCUACAUGGCUUGCUCUGGGCAUCAUGGAUCGACGAAUAUCUGCAGUGGGAUCCGAACACUUAUAACAACACAAGACGGAUUGCAAUUGAGAGCUGGAAAAUUUGGCAACCCGCUCUCUCGCUGUAUAACAGUGCACGUGGCAAUAGCUGGUAUUUGCAUAUGGGUGGUUUGCCGGCGUCAGUGAAUAGCGACGGUAAAGUUUGGGCAUCUGGGUCGUUCAGCUUUCACGUAACCUGCAUGUUCGAUUUCACCAACUAUCCAUACGACGAGCAGGAAUGUCCGAUUGUGAUCGCUGACUGGGUAUAUGACCUUUCAAAAGUCAACCUCUCGGAUCCAGCCGGAAAUACAGCGCUCAAUAAGCCCGCAGUAAAGCUGAGUUAUGAUCCACUUAACAAUGCAAAUGCAAAACGACAUGUAGCAGAUUCGGAGUAA